AUGCUUCCUCUUCAUCAUUUUGAGAACGUAUGGUACAGUUCAACCCGGGUGCUCCAACGAAGGUGGCCUAACAAACACUAUGCUUGCUCGAAAGCAUUUUUAAUGGUAAAGGAGAGGUCUGUGGGCAGCGGAUCGCGGAUCCCAGUGGCUCGUGUCGUGAGUGGCUCCGAGCAUAGACUCGCGAAAUGCGCUUCGUGGAGCGGUGACCAGGACCAGUGUCGGCACACGGUUGACGAUUUGACGCCCGCGUUGCGCCGUCGCCGACAAAAUGCGGAUAAGUACGCCGUGGACCCUGCUCGGGAACUUAACCUGCGUUUCGCGAGACCUAGGCACAGACAGACAACACAACCUGUUACAAAUUCUAGUGCGGUCCGAGCGGGUUCCAGUGGAUCAGGGUCGUCAUCAUCAGGCUCCCCUCCGCCAGCUCCUCCCCCUGGGGCACCCCCCGCCCCACCACCAGCGCCCCCUGCAGCCCCUCAUAACAACGCCGCUAGGGCUAGGCGCUUCAGACCGCUCUCCAUAGCACCGUAG